GAAAAUUUAAAAGCUGUAGGCUGAUGUCGUUAAAGUGCCUGCCUUGCCCCCUACGGACGACACUGUAUUUGUUAUCGUUUUACCCAAAAUCUAAUCAAAGAUUUUUUUUUUCUCUGUACCAAGCUGGAUAGAACUCCACAGAUUAUCCAUGGACCUCACCCUGAUGCCUUCUUCAUAUCCUACACCCUUCACACUUGUUCAGUCUCCCUCUCCAUGUCCAUCUCCUUUAUGUAGAACUCACAACAAAAGAACCCAACAUGGUAAGCUACUUGUCUUUGUAGCACUUUCAUGCUCUGCUACAAAUCCCACGGGAACCACACCAUUGAAUGUUGUCAAUCUUGCUGACAAAACCCACCAGUCAUACCCAAAAGAUUAUGACUUGCAGUCCAGUGUCGAAGAACAAAAGCUGGGUUUUGAUAGCAUAGCUAGUAGAUUGCAGGUACAGAGAUUUAUUGAUAGAAUUAAAGCUUUGCCCUUUAGAGAGACGAGUGUAAUUCUUGGUAUCUUUGAACAAGAUGGUUGCUUUCAGACCGUAUCUGAAUUCAAUGCUCUGCUCAUGGCUUUAGUCAUAGCAAAAGAGCCUGGCAUUGCUUUGAGCCUGUUUAAUGAAGUACCAGCUUCCGGGUUAGUGCCAGAUUCUUUGACAUUUUCCAUCAUGAUAAGGUGUUAUUGCGAGAAAAAUGAUCUGGAUGAAGCCAAAAGGGUUUUAGUCCAUAUGGUUGAAAAUGGGUUUUACCCUAAUGCUGCAACAAUCACUGUUCUGAUAAAUUCAUUGUGCAAAAGAGGUAGGUUGCAGAGAGCUUUGGAGGUUUUGGAGGUCAUGGGUAGAAUUGGGUGCAAGCCAACCGUUCAGAUAUACAAUUGCUUGUUGAAGGGGUUGUGCUAUGUUGGGAGGGUGGAGGAUGCAUAUGAAAUGUUGAUGAGAAUAAAAAAAGAUGCCAUAAAACCUGACAUUUACACAUUCACAGCUGUUAUGGAUGGUUUUUGUAAAGUGGGUCGCUCAGAUGAGGCAAUGGAAUUGCUUGAUGAAGCUGUGGAAAUGGGGUUGACACCAGAUGCGGUCACUUUCAACACUCUGUUUAAUGGGUAUUGCAAGGAAGGCAGGCCAAUGGAGGGACUUAAUGUGUUAAAGCAGAUGAAAGAGAGAAACUGCAACCCUGAUUGUAUUACUUACAGCACUUUGUUGCAUGGAUUGUUGAAAUGGGGUAAAACUCGUAAUGCUCUUAGGGUUUAUAGGGAGAUGGUUGAAAAUGGGUUUGAAGUAGAUGGGAGAUUGAUGAACAAUCUUGUUAGAGGGUUAUGUAGGAGAUCGAGGAAGGAAAAAGACCUCUUGGAAGAUGCACAUGAAGUGUUUGAGAAAAUGCAGAAUGGGGUUUUGGGCAUAGACGCUAGUACAUAUGGCUUGAUGAUCCAAACUCUUUGCAUGGAAAAGAAGACGGAUGCAGCUGUGGUCUGUUUGCAGCAGAUGAUUGGAAUGGGCUAUUCACCAUGGAUUAUCACCUUUAACAAUGUAAUUAAAACCCUUUGUGUUGAGGGAAAGGUGACUGAGGCACUGUUAGUAUUGAGCAUCAUGUAUGAAGUUGGUAGAGGAACCAGUGGAAUAUCUUAUAACCCUUUGAUUCAUGAAUUGAAUCGGCGGGGGUGUUUCCUUGGCGCUUAUAUUGUAUAUGGCACGGCAUUGAAGAGAGGUGUAAUUCCUAAUACAAAACCUCAACAAUGACAAAAAAAUUGCUCAUCCUCAGCCUUCAUAUAAGCUAUUUUCUUUUUUCAAAUAAGCCAGUCACUUACA